GUCAAAGAUGCCGCAUCACUAAACAAAAUAUAUACUACCAAACCCUAACGCGGUGGCCAUUUCCGUCCAACUACUCAACUAGCACAUUUUUUUUUUAUAAAUCAUUUUAUAGGGCUUUUGACUCCUCCCUUAUUAUUAUUAUUAUCAUUAUUAUUUACAAAUUUUCUUAAAUCAUUACAAAGUCUUCUUCAUUUUGUGUAAUUUUAAUUGAAAUUAAAUGGUUGGUAUUAUUGUUCCUAAAUCCAGCUGUAAUAAUAUUAUGAUGAUGAAUCUCAAUUCAUCUUCUAAUUCUUGUUUAUCUUUUGUUGGAUCACGGAAUCAUGUGAAUAUUAUUAAUCCGUCUGUAGCUGUUAAUAUUAAAUCAUUGAGAAUUGGUUGUGAUCAUCAUCAAGGAUCUAGAAUUCGGAACAUCAGAUGCCAGGUUCAACCCGAUUCGAUUUCGUCGAAUUCAUCGAGUAUUUCUGCACUUGAGCUUCUUAAAACCUCUUCUGCUGAAAGAUAUACAAAGGAAAAAAGUGGUCUUAUGGUGAUUGGGCUAAGUUUUCACACUGCGCCAGUUGAAAUCCGUGAGAAGCUUUCUAUUCCGGAGGCAGAACUGCCUCAAGCAAUAACUGAACUAUGUGCGUUGAAUCACAUAGAAGAAGCCGCUGUUCUUAGCACGUGUAACAGGAUGGAGAUAUAUGCUGUGGCACUCUCCCAACAUCGUGGCGUUAAAGAAAUCACUGAAUGGAUGUCAAAGGUUAGUGGUGUUUCCAUUUCAGAUAUACGACAACAUCAAUUCAUGUUGUAUGAAAAAGAUGCCACCAAGCACCUGUUUGAAGUAUCUGCAGGGCUUGAUUCCCUAAUUCUUGGGGAAGGUCAAAUCCUUUCUCAAGUAAAGCAUGUUGUAAAAGUAGGACAAGGGGUUCCUGGGUUUGAUAGAAAGAUCAGCGGGCUUUUCAAGCAUGCAAUCAUAGUAGGUAAACGGGUCAGAACGGAGACUAAUAUCUCUUCAGGGUCGGUUUCAGUCAGUUCAGCUGCUGUAGAACUUGCCCAAAUGAAGAUCCCCGACCAUUCUUAUGACUCCGUAAAUGUGUUGGUUGUUGGAGCUGGCAAAAUGGGGAAACUUGUGAUCAAACAUUUAAUUGCAAAAGGGUGUAAAAAGAUGGUCGUUGUAAAUAGAACUGAAGAUAGAGUCGCUGCCAUACGUGGGGAGUUUCAGGAUGUUGAAAUAGUCUAUCAACCUUUCUCAGAUUUAAUGACGUGUGCUGCAGAUUCUGAUGUGGUUUUCACCUGCACGGCUUCUGAAACCUUGUUGUUUACGAAAGAGCAAGUUCAGAUACUGCCUGAAACUCCGACACCAAGGUUAUUUGUAGAUAUAUCGGUUCCAAGAAAUGUGGAAUCAUGUGUCUCAGAUUUGACAACAGCCCGUGUAUAUAAUGUGGAUGAUCUCAAGGAAGUUGUUGAAGCUAACAAAAAAGACCGGCUACGCAAGGCAGAAGAAGCUCAAUUAAUCAUAUCAGAUGAAGUAAGAGAAUUUGAAGCUUGGAAAGAUUCUUUAGAGACAGUUCCAACAAUUAAGAAACUCAGGGCAUACGCUGAAAGAAUUAGAGAGAGUGAAAUGGAAAAGUGUUUAGCAAAAAUGGGUGGUGAUAUAACCAAGAAAAACCAGAAAGCUAUACAUGAGCUAAGUAAGGGUAUAGUAAACAGGCUACUUCAUGGUCCCAUGCAGCACCUGAGAUGUGAUGAAACCGAAGGUCGGUCAUUGAAUGAGAUUAUUGAAAAUAUGCAUGCGUUGAACCGGAUAUUUGGACUGGAGAUGGAAAUUUCCAUAUUGGAAGAGAAGAUCCGGUCCAAGAUGGAGAAGUCACAGGUACAAUAACUAAACCAGUUUUAACCGGAAGUUAUUUGAUUCGUUUAUCCAUCACUAUAUUUGGUGAUGAUUAUUAUGAGUGUUACUUAGCGAUACCCAAUUCAGAGGCAAUUGAUGAGGCUGGAAGAGUGUAAUAAUACCAAUUGAUACAAUAGCAAAAGCUGUAUAUUAGUCCAUUAAAAUCUUUCAA